AUGACAGAGGAGCCUGUGCGGACAGACAGUGAGAUCCGUCGCGAAGACUCCAUCAUGGGUUCUGGUCAGAGAGAAGAGAAGGACAGCACGGCCUCCAGCCCAACAGGCUCCUUGGGCCACCAUCCGCACUCACCCGCCUUGACACACAACCCCAAGGAGAUCUGGAAGAAAGGAGGCCGCAUGUUCUCGGUCCUGCUGGCCAUCAAUUUGGUGCUACUGGCCUGCACCCUGGUGAGCAGUGCGGCCUUCAAUGAGGUAGCUGUGCACGACUACGACGUGUUUUUCAUGCUGACCGUCAUAAUGCUGAUCUGCAUUGCCUGGAUCCUCUUCUACCUCAUCGUCACCGCCAAGCGCCGGGACGCCAUCCUCUACAAGGACUCCCAUGCAGGACCUGUCUGGCUGAGAGGAGGCCUGGUUUUGUUUGCCAUUUUCACCCUUGUGAUGGAUGUGUUUAAAACUGGGUAUUACUCCAGCUUCUACAACUGCCUGUCUGCCAUCAAAAUCAUCUACCCUCUCGUGCAGGCUGUGUUUGUGAUCAUCCAGACAUACUUUCUGUGGAUUUCUGCCAAAGACUGCAUUCAUGUGCACCUGGACGUUACCAGGUGUGGCUUGAUGCUGACAUUGACCACUAACCUAGCCGUGUGGAUGUCAGCCGUAACGGACGAGUCCGUGCAUAAAGCACACACAAAAUUCCAGAACCUAACAGCAGGAACACACAGAUGGAUCAUGAAAGCUGGAACGGCAAGUGGCUCAACAGAAGGCUGUAGCUGUGACAGCCAAAUUUGCCAGAUCUUCCAGAGUGGCUAUUUUUGGUUGUAUCCCUUCAACAUUGAGUACAGUCUCUUUGCCUCUGCCAUGCUGUAUGUGAUGUGGAAGAACGUUGGACGCCUCAUAGAGCACCAUACCCACCACAUCCACCACCUGAAGUUCAGGCUCUUCAGAAGGACCUUCUUUGUGGGCAUCGUUUUGGGGCUGUUCAUACUGGUGAGCGGCCUGGCUGUUCUUAUUGUUUAUGAGGUGCAGGUGAAUACCAGCAGCCAGCCAGACAAGAAGAACGAAGCACUCAUCAUGUAUUACACCUUCAACAUAGUUUGUCUGAGCCUGAUGUCUCUUGUCUGCAUCGGAGGUUCCAUUGUCUACAGGUUUGAUAAGAGAGACAUGGACCACCACAAGAAUCCAACCAGGACUUUGGACAUGGCCUUAUUGCUGGGGGCUGCCUUGGGGCAAUAUGCUAUCUCCUACUACUCCAUUGUGGCUGUGGUGGCCAGCACUCCAAGGGAUGCCAUAAGUGCCCUCAACUUGACCUACUCGCUGCUGAUGAUCGCCCAGCACACCUUCCAGAACAUCUUCAUCAUCGAAGGCCUUCAUCGGCAGCCCCCAGAAGACGACCACAAAAUUCAUCCUCACCGGAAGGACCUAUAUGGACUCACCUUUGUCAACAUCAAUGCCGUAUCCCUCCGCGUCCCCGAAAGCGACAGUGCCCUGCCAUCCCCCUUGCCCCACAGUCAAGGUGCGGUAGCGAUCCAGCCUUCAGACGUGGUGCAGUCCAUAAUGGUCCCCAAGAAGGUGAAAUGGAGGAGGAAGUUCCUAAAGGAGAUCUCCUUGUUCCUGCUCCUGUGCAACAUAAUUCUCUGGAUCAUGCCAGCGUUCGGCGCCCGGCCACAGUUCGACAAUGACAAGGAACUCAACUUCUACGGCUACCAGAUGUGGGCUGCCAUCGUGGACAUUUGCCUGCCCUUUGGGAUCUUCUACCGCAUGCACGCGGUGGCCAGCCUGCUGGAGGUCUACAUCACGUCUUAAAAGGAAGAACACCUGCUCUAUCAACCCACCUUUCCCGCCCCGGGACUGAAAGCCUGAGCGGCUGUACUCAAGGGUUUGGGGGUUGCACGCAUCCCACGCCCUAGCGAUGACAGGGCAUUACUGCACCGCCGUGGAAAUAAUCCACUCAUAGUCCCAGAUGUUGUUUUCUACUCAUGUGUGAGUGCGUUGUGUUUGAUUUCAAUUAUUGCUUUAAGUUCUAAGGCUUUUAGAAAAGUGGAACGUUUACAAAGUAGGGCAAUGAAAACCACGUGCGGUUCAUUCAAAUUGACACCUCUUCCUACUAAGGGCCUGAUCCUGCUGACUGCUCCCAACGCCAUUGACUUCAUUCUCCCAGGGGGCACCCGGUACCUUGUCAGAGCCCAUCUAUGUGCAGGCUGAAUCCUGUUCUCUUUAAGAGACCCAUUGGCUUCAAUGACCUAACUCAGGUGUGUAAGGCAAACAGGACGCAAAGCUACAUCCCACCACCGGGAGCUCCAUUGCAAAGGAGAAGAAUCAAGUGCACAGACAUGAAAACUGAACUGGUGAAUGUUGAAGGCUUUUGGAAUCACAUUAGAAUUCUCUUCUUCCCACUACCCGACCACGGUCCUGACGGCUUCACAAUACUGUCCUUGGUCACAUCCCCUUUCUCCUCAUUGAGACUGCAUAGCUGCUGAUCAACCAAGGCCCAGAAUGACUGAAAGCAUCCUUAUUCAGGACAGCACCUACACAUGUGCUGAAUUCCCACUGAAGUCAACGGGUGCUUAGCACAUGGUUAAGUGCUGUCCUGAAUAGGAAUAGACUUAAGCACAUGCUUAAGUUCUUUCCUGAAUCAGGGCCGAUAGUUAAUUCUAUUACGAGAAUUAAAAGGAUUUUUUUAAAUAGUGUAAUGAUUUUUUAAAAAACACAUGAACUUAUUUUAUAUAAAAAAAUUAUUUAUUGAUUUUCAGUGUAACAAUGAAUGGCUAAUGGUUCACAGUGCCACACAAUGGAGAUCCAAGUCAUUCUACAGGCCAGCUUUCCUGGCCUUAGAUGAACACACAGUGAUUUCAUUUGUACACCUGGGCAUCAGAGAGUGGAGCUGAUCCAUAUUGUAUCUGCCUAACCUGAAGCAAGCCUCAUGAACUCUAAACAGGCCAUGCUUCAUUUGGCUGGUGCAUAUAAGUAUCAGCAAGUGAAUCAACAAGGCACAGCUCAAUGUCUCUCUCUUACAAAGUUAUGUUUACAGAGGAAAGAAAUUUCAAUGUACUGAAGAGGAAAAUUGCCGAGCUGAUGAAAAUUAACAAUCAU